UCCCUUCUCUCUCUCAAUCGGCCUUUCUCUGCAAUACACGAGGGAGAGAGAAGAUUAGAAAAUAUAAACGUAAGAAAUUCUCUCGAGAAUACGAAAGGAAAUUCGCUGGUGAAUUGAGGGAAAAUAUCUUUUGUGAUUUGGUUGAACGAGGGAAGGAGAUGAAGAGCUGUGAGCUCUGCAAGGCGGCGGCGGCGACGUAUUGUGAAUCGGAUAAAGCCAGUCUGUGCUGGGACUGCGACGCUGUAGUCCACGGAGCCAACUUCCUCGUGGCGAGGCACGUGAGGCGUCUUCUCUGUCACGCCUGCCAGUCUCUCACUCCAUGGAGAGCCACUGGUUCCAGGCUCGGUCACACGGUCUCCGUCUGCGAGAUGUGCGUUAAUGGCGGCGAUCGAGAAGAGAGCGAAGGAGAGAAUGACGAUGACGGCGUUCGCAACGACGACGAUGAAGGAGAUGACGUUGAAAGUGAUGAUUCCGAUGAGGACGUUGAGGACGGCGAUAAUCAGGUGGUGCCCUGGUCAGCAGUAGCAAAUACAUCUCCGCCGGCGUCCAGUUCUUCUAGUAGCGGAGAUAAUUCCACUGGUGAAAGAGAAGUAUCUAGAUCAACAAAUUUGUAUUCGUUAAAAAGGUCGAGAGGAAAUGCUCCAGAUCUUCACUCUCAGGACGAUCCAGAUCGUGUAUCUCCUAAACGGAGGUACGACUUGCAGAUCAAAAGAGGAUGAAGCCGUUAUCGAAAGAACAACAGUUCAAUCCGGAUGGAACAGUGCAGUUUCAGUCCGAAAGGCACGAUUGAGUAGAGAGUCAUUAGGAGAAAAAGGCUUAGUGCGUGAGAAAAUCCAGUUAAGAACCUUAAAAUUUGUUAGAAAUUGUAAUAUCUUAGCCGUCCGAUUUGAGUUGGUUUUGGCGUGCUAUUUCUGAUUCUCUAACCCAUUCUAACUAUAGUCGUAGAUAGGAAUGUUGACACCAUGUGUAGGCCUGUAGUGUGGGUUUGAUUGUACUAAUAAUCCAAGAAAUUUAAGAGUGCUAAUUACUUAAACAAAAUGUUGUCUUUGGCUUCCGAGUAAUAUUUACGUUAUAGCAGCCUGAAGGACUUGCUCAACAAGUAGUGGCGUUGCAGAUAAAGGGUCUGUACUUGAUUCGUUGAACGACAUCCAAUAAUAAGGCUGCCUGGCUAUCCAUUAUCCACCGUUUCACCAGUCCUGUGGGCGUCAGAAUUCGUCAGUGAAAUGCCAUGAACAAUCACAAGGCACGUAUACCAAUUACCAAUUCGACUUUUCUUUUCAGAAAUAUAUUUUAAGCAUGGACAGAAUUGUGCGUGUCAAUCACUUUGCACCGCAUCUUCUUCUGUCUAAACAAGCGAGUUGGGCCAUGAGUGUGGUGCAUGUACUCGUGUUAUUGCCUAAAAUGUUGAACAUUUUCAUCUCAUGUGCCCCCACACGUCUUUUGAGUGUUUGUCGUAGCAAGUUGAGGUACCACCUAGUGCGUGGGUCAUUUUUGUGACAGAGCUUUGGUCAAUAUAGGAUGGUGGUUGCAACUGGGUCGAGAGAUCAAUGUCAUCGGCUUGGUCCGUUUGGGUGGCUGAUUGUCCCACUGCAGUUAGCAUCCCAAACUGGACUGUGUAUCCAUUUGCCAAAGAUUUCCAAUCAGAU